GUAUUUUCAGGAUUCAAAACAGAUACUACCUUGAUUUUCUUAAUGUCUGUUGUCUAUCAGAUUAUAGACCCAGUUGAACAAAGAUAUAUGGACGAAGAGGCACGUGCACAAGAAACACGAAAUCUACUACAUUGCAUAGUGGAAUAUCGAACUGCUGCAGAAUCUCUUCCAGCUAGUGAGAAAGAUAAUGUCGUCAGUGAGUGCAAUCAAGCAGAGCAGUGGCUUAGAGAAAAGUCCCAACAACAGGAUGCAUUGCCCAAAAAUGCCAAUCCAGUACUGUGGUCAAGUGAUAUCAAGAGAAAAGCUGAGAUUCUUGACGCGUUUUGCAAGCGUAUGCUGAGGUCCUCCAAAUGGUCGCCACCAUCAAAUGCUGACACGGACACAGACAUAGACUCACACUGAAUAAGUAAAAAUGGGGAUGAUACAGCUGACACCACAAACUGAGAGUGAGUUUGAGACCUUUAGAAGCCAUUUUGCUUACUGCUCGUCAGCUUGUGCGCUAUUUUGUCUUUCCACAAAGUUUAACUCUCUCUGGGGCGUCACGUCUACAAAUUGUCUUUUGCUGGUAGGUAUGAUCUUGCUGUCAUUUAUGCAGAUUUUUGGGUUCUAGUGACCAAAUUGCCCUCGUUCCCUCCUUUUAAAUUCUGUUUUGAUAUAACCAUUCACAUAGCUUCUCUGUACCUGUUUUAUUCAUCUU